AAAGACAGAACUGAAGGCUUUUAUUUUGAAGGCCACGCUGGAUCCUGGGCCGUGGAGUCCUUCACACGCCUUCAGCUGAGGUCAGCGUGAGGAGGACCGGCUGAUCCAGCUCUGCAGAGGACACCUGCAAAUCUCCUGCAGAAUGGUGAUGAGGAUAAAGGAGUUGCCAAGUCAUGGAUAGAUCGCAACAAUGACACAUGAGACCCUCACCAGCUCCCAGCUGUCCGUCAAGGCUGCUGUCCUGCGCAUGGUCCACCUACCGCUGUCCAUGUACAGCUCUCUGGCACAGGUGAGUGUCAGCACAGGAACCAAGAAGCUGGUGGCAGCCACUGCCUUCAGUGCCAUCUCGCUCCUCUUCCUCGCACGCCGCUUUCAGAGGAGGAAAGGCAGAAAGAAGGCUCAGUCUCCACAGUGGGAGCACGCUGGAUUUGAGUUUUUCCCGCCUGUCUCAGCAGAGAAUGAUAACACGAGCCAAAACAUCACCCUCUCCCUCAACUCCAAGAAUGGCCUCGCUUCUGGUCUGCUCCUCCCUACAGGAGACUACAGGAAGCUGUCCAGCUCUCUGCUCAGCCUGGCCUCGGUAAAGAGCAUGAACUCCUCCAGCAGCAGCACCUGUGCGAAUGAAUCCUCCUGCUGGGACAGAGCAGGAGAGACUGACAUCUGCGGUCUGGUCAACAUACCUGUCACCACACCUGAAAACCUGUACCUUAUGGGUAUGGAUUUAUUUGAGGAGGCUCUGAGGCGGUGGGAGGAAGCGUUGACAUUCAGGAGCAGGCAGGGAGAGGACGAUGUGAGCUGUGCUGCUGUCAAAACGGGAGCUGGAGACGCCAUCGCUGAGCAGGGCAUGGAGGACGUCAUCAGUGCAGAGUUCAUCCACCGGCUGAAGUCUCUGCUGACCAGAGCCUACAGCCUGCAGGAGGAGUUUGAGGGAGUGCUGUGCCUGUCAGAGCCUUCAUCCCUCAGCAACAGUCAGGAUAAAGGGACGGACAUUUUGAACAGAGAGGAGCUGGACGACGCUUGUUUGAGAGACAGCAUGAGCAUCGCUUCGACGGACUCCUUUGUGUCAGCUGCCGAGCUGUCGGAGCACAGAGAGCUGAGGAGCGUCCUCGCUCUGGGUCAUCACCCGUUCUAUGAGGAGGCGCUGCAGAUGGCAGAGGAUGGGAAGAUCUCCUGCAGGGUGCUGAGGACUGAGAUGCUGGAGUGUGUCGGAGACUUUGAUUUUCUGGCCAAGUUGCACUGUGUGCGUCAGGCGAGCCAGCUCAUUUUAUGUGAGAGGAAGACGAAGCUGUUUCUGGCAGACACUGGGAAGAAGAUCCUGUCCUCCAUCAUUGUAAAAGCACAGAAGAGCCCUAAGAGAUUUGAGGAGGUGUUUGAGGAGAUGAUUUCCUUCCUGGAACACACGGAGCACUGGGAGAACACUGAGGUGGAGCUGGCCACACGAGGGGUAAAGCACCUGAACUUCUACGACAUAGUGCUGGACUUCAUCCUGAUGGACUCAUUUGAGGAUCUGGAGAAUCCACCGAUCUCCAUCCAGAACGUGAUCAACAACCGCUGGCUCAACAGCUCCUUCAAGGAGACGGCGGUUGCAUCAAGUUGUUGGUCAGUGAUGAAGCAGAAGAGACAGCACAUGAAGGUUCCUGACGGCUUCAUCGCACAUUUCUACACAGUGUGUGAACAGAUCAGUCCCGUCCUGGCCUGGGGCUUCCUGGGGCCAAAAAGCUCCCUGAACGACUUCUGCUGCUUCUUUAAGGAUCAGGUCCUGUACUUCCUUAAGGACAUCUUCGACCUGGCUAAAGUGCGUUAUUCCUCUGUGGAGACUCUUGCAGAGGACAUGCUCCACCUGUUGCACCGGCGCUCCGAGCUGCUGCUGGCCUACCUGGGAGCGGACUCCCUGCGGCCCGUCAACAGCUGCAGCUCCCCUCAGGUGCAGCUGGUGCCUGCUGGAGCACUGCUGGAGGGAAGAGUGCAGUGAGAGACAUGAACUCAUCUCUGAACGGACCCCGGUUUAUCAAACACUGCACACACAGAUCUCUGCUUUCAAUGUAAGCUCACUACCACUGUCCGACCAGAGAGAGACUGAGGGAGGUCUGAACUGAGUCUGGUUCACAACACUGGAGUUAAACAACUGGAAUGUAACAGACUUUCUCCAAGGUUUGGGAUCCACUCAUCACAUCUCCCAUCAUGCUUUGUGCUCUUACCGGGAUCCACAUGAACAUGCCAGCUGUUUGCCUUCACAUUUGUAUCAUCCUCUGUUCUCCCUCACUUUGCCAUCGCAGUGCAAGUUCAACAUCUUAGCAAUAACAUGUCAUUUAUAUUGCAGUAGAUGUUUCACUGUGUAAAGUAGAGGUGUAAUUUUUGCUGCUAAAACAAUGUGUGAAGAGAGAGAGGGUAUUUUAGAGUAUUUAUUUUGCUAAACAGUGCAGGGUUUAAUUUUUAGAAUUGUAUUUUAUCUGUAUGCAUCAGUGGAUUCUUGAUCAGCUUCAAACAUGCAGUAGUUGUAAAAAGAAAUGUUGUAUUAUCUAAAUUAUCUGAUAGAGAUUUAUAUGUACAUCCACAUUUUACAGAGCAUCAGCAAUGCAAACCAUUAAUGUACCGUGUGAUUUUGUAUCAUGCUAAGAAGUGAAAUGUAAAAUGUGGGGAGUCAGAAAUGGGUCACACUUUGUCAUUAUAUUGAAGUCAAUAAAAAGGGAAUGGCGUUUUUUGGACUCAGAAA